AUGUUUAAAGGGAACUUGUUCAAUUCUGUGUUCAGGAGAGGUGUGCAUCACAAGUUAACACCUAAGACAUACCCUCAAGUGCAAUCCAAAGAUGUUAACUUGGAACAUACAAGAUACGGGUUCAGAAAAGAAAGACAACCAUUGAUUUCUCAAGGUGUGGUUGAUACGCUUUUCCCUAACACAGAGAUCCAACAGAAAUAUACCGAAGCAGGUAAACCUGUGCCUAUUAAAUAUCGUACUGGAUCCGAUGACAUUGCCAGAAGAAACUACUUGAGAUUCCAAGAGGAAGUCGCAACUGGCCAACCACAUUUCAGAGUCGGGGAAAAGAAAGUAUACCUUCCUAAGGCUCGAGUCAUAUUAUUGAGACCUAAUGCCAAACACACGCCUUAUCAAGCCAAAUUCUUAGUACCUCGGAACUUCAAUAAGAUGGACUUGAGAGAUUAUCUAUGGAAUAUAUAUGGGUUACGGGCAUUGAAUGUCACUGUGCAAUUGAUGUUUCCCAGAUGGCGUAGAGGCCCUGAUGACUAUGCUCGGUUCAGAGAACCUCAAUACAAAAAAAUGACUAUAGAUAUGGAAGAACCCUUUAUUUGGCCUGAUCUUCCUAAGGAAGUUGCUAAUAGAGCUGCUAAUGAAGUACCAGAAAUGCUGAGAGUUACCAAGCAAAACCAAGCAAUAGGCUCCAAUGUCUAUAAACCUUCAGGAGCUUAUGGAGGGAUCUAUGAUAAGCCACGGUUACCCAAUGCAUUUGUUCCCGCUAAAACAAGAGCUUCACGUGCUGUUAAGGUUGCUGAGAUUGAGAAGAACAACGUCAAGGUACAAGAAAGGGUUAUUGUAUCGGAAUACUUGGGCUUAUAA